AUGUCUUCAUGGCCUUGUUCCUGGCCUCUGGUACUGUUGUUAGUAAUGUGGUGGAUGGUGGUGAGAGAAUCAAACGGAGCUUCCACCAAUGUAAAAGUGGGAAGCAUUUCAAAGGUGGAAGAUGCUGUAAAUUUUCACAUUUAUUAUGGACAGACCUUCAAAGUCAUCAAGAACACCAUUGAUGGCAAGAGUUAUCUCCUUAUUCAGAACACUUCUAGAAUGGCGGUUCGGACAAAGUAUUGUACUUCCAGGAUAAAAUCCUAUGUGAUUCCACUAAUUAACUACUCAGUUGACACUCAAUCUUCUCCAGGAGGCGUUCCGGUUUCUUUCUUCGAGCUACUCGGAUUACUAGGGACCUUAAAGGGAAUAACAUCGGAGGCAGUAGCUUCACCUUGUCUUCUGAAACUGUUUGAGGCAGGAGAAGUAGUUAAGCUUGAGAAAGGUGAGCAACAAGAGCAGCUUCUGUCUCAAUUCGCAGCGCAUUUCAUCAGUGACACCGAUCAACCUCAAACUUGCAAUUUUGCAAACUUUUUUCCACUCAGCGAAGGCACACCUCUUCAGCGAGCGGAGUGGAUCAAAUUCCUUGGAGCAUUUACCAAUCUUGAAACAAAAGCCAAUCAAGUCUAUGACGUGGUAAAAGCAAGCUAUACUUGUUUGUCCCAAAUGGCAGCCAACAAAACAAAAUCGUUCAAGCCAAUUGUAGCCUGGAUAGAGUACGAUAAAAAUGGAGGUGUUUGGUGUUUUACUAAGGAAGCACAUAAGCUCAAGUUUGUCGAAGAUGCGGGUGGUGAAAAUAUCGACAAAUCUAUAAACAAGGUCUCUUACAAUGUCUCUGAUCCUGAUGAUUUGGAAGCACUACAUGCCAUUUUAUGCACUGUGGAUGCGGUAAUCGAUGAAACACUAUCGUCUGACCCGCAGAAUUACACACAGACAACGUUCUUGGAGAACAUAAACGUGGAUGAUAACUCCUGUUUUUCGUUUAUUUCGAACCAGAGCAUUUGGAGAUAUGACAAAAGGGUCAGAAACGGAACAAUUCUUGACUGGUACGACGGAGCAAUCUCGCAACCAAAUCUUGUACUGGCUGACAUUGUUGAAGCCUUGUUCCCAACUGGAAACUACACAACCUCCUACUUCAGAAACAUAGCCAAGGGUGAAGGAGUCAUAAACAUUAAUCCGGAUAUGUGUGCUAGAGACGCAUCAUUGCCGUUAGAUCCUACUAUUCCAGCUUGUGGAUGA